AUGAAAGACUGUGAAGGUCUUCAGGCAACGGAGGCUGCAUAUUAUUCUUUGGUUUGUGAGCCUUUUGGACAGAAAGCCAGGACUCGCGUAACAGCCCAGAGCAGAAGCAGAAAGAGCAGCCUGAGGAGGGAGAACCAGAGCAGCGUGUCCCAGUUCCUCCUCCUGGGGCUCCCCAUCCGGCCAGAGCAGCAGGGCGUGUUCUUCACCCUGUUCCUGGGCAUGUACCUGACCACGGUGCUGGGGAACCUGCUCAUCGUCCUGCUCAUCAGGCUGGACUCUCGCCUCCACACCCCCAUGUACUUCUUCCUCAGCCACCUGGCCCUCACUGACGUCUCCUUCUCAUCUGUCACUGUCCCCAAGAUGCUGAUAAACAUGCAUACCCAGGAUCAAUCCAUCCCUUAUGCAGGGUGUGUAACACAGAUGUUUUUCUUUAUAUUUUUUGGUUGUAUUGACAACCUUCUUCUCACAGUGAUGGCCUAUGACAGGUACGUGGCCAUCUGCCACCCUCUCCACUACACAACCAUCAUGAGGGAGGAGCUGUGCAUGUUUCUGUUGGCUGCAUCCUGGCUCCUCUCUGCUGCCAGUGCCUUGCCCCACACCCUCCUUCUGGCUCAGCAGUCCUUCUGUGCUGACAACACCAUUCCCCACUUCUUCUGUGACCUCCGUGCUCUGCUCAAGCUCCCAUGUUCGGAUACCUCCCUUAAUGAGACUGUUAUCUUCGCUGCUGGAGGAUUGAUCCUUAUCUUGUCAUUUAUUGGUGUUUUAGUCUCUUAUGGCCACAUCGGGGCCACCAUCCUGAGGUCUCCCUCAAUCAAGGGGAUCUGCAAAGCCCUGUCCACCUGUGGCUCCCAUCUCUCUGUGGUUUUUCUAUUCUAUGGGACAAUUAUGGUACUGUACUUUUUCCCAUCAUCAAGCAACUCUAGUGACAAAGACAUCGUUGCUUCAGUGAUGUACACAGUGGUCACCCCCAUGCUGAACCCCUUCAUCUACAGCCUGAGGAACAGAGAUAUGAAGGGAGCUAUGGGGAAACUUCUCAGAAGGGAGAUCUUUUUCUCCAAGUGA